AUGAGUAUGGUUUCCAAGCCAUCAAAUAACUUAAGAAGUGAAUGUAAGUGGCUGAAGGAGACUAAUAGCUUACAGGAGGAAAAGGAACUUGCAUUGAAAGUCAUUAAUAGCAAUACAUUGAAUAAAAGGCCGAGGGUAGAUAAAGUGUCACAAGAAACAUCAGUUAGUUCGAUUACACCUUUGAGUAGCUUUAACAAUGAUACUCAACUGCCACAGCGAGAAUCACAGUCACAAUCGAAACAGAAACAACCACCGCUACCGACAGCACCAAGGCAGGUACCAAAUUAUUCGACACAGAGAAGGGAUAGAAGUGAAUUACAGAGGCUGUUGAUUGGAUGUCUUAAAUCUCAGAAUAAAUUACUGUUACGAAGGUGUCGAAUAAGUGAGUCAACUUCUUUAUCGGAGGAUGCAAAGAGGACACAGAUCGUUGAUGGGAUCAAACCUGAACUUUCCAAGUUGAUGUCACAGAUGACAACUCUAGAGGAGGAAUUGGAUAUUUUAUCACAAUCCAACGAUACAAAUUUAUCUACUGAUCGUACUCAUUCUACAGUUAUUCCUAGUCCAGAGGAGAUGAAUCCUGGUGAUGAGAUUUCAGCAGCUCCGGAACCGGCAGCGACGGAAGCGCUACUGUUUUCAUCAAAACCUGUGCAAAAUGAAUUAGUUCAAGUACUCGAAGAAGAUGAUGACGACAUGGAACCCAUGAUAGUCUCUCAAAAGGAUCAGCAAAGGGCGUCUACGAUGACACCAUUGAGUCAACAGGAAAGUGAAUCAGAACAAGCGCGGAGGAGUAUUGCCGCCAGAAAUCUCCGAAAUAGAGAAAAUAACGUUAACUACCGGAUUCCGGACCAUGAUGAUCCGUUUGACUAUGUGAUGGGGGUUGCAGAAAACCACGGAGAAGCUUCAGAUGUUACUAUGGAUGCUGAAGAUGAUAUUGAUUCCAAUUACCUGAAGUCCGACGAUGGAACAGAAAAUAAAGUAGAUCAAAGUGACUUAGAUUUUGUGGUUAUGGAUGAAGAAGCUCGAGACAGUAUAGAUCGUUCCUACCAGGAUUCUCAAUGGCCCGGGCUCAGUGAAAGCCAAAAACAAGACAUCGAAAAUGAUUCCAUUGAAAUGAUACUUUCAUCUCCACAACCUAAGAUGACACAAACAUCACCUGCAGAUGAGAAUGUGGAACGUAUAGACUUAAUUGAGGAUGAUUUUGAGAAAGAUCAAAUUGUAGAGGAUACAAUGAUGAACGAUUAUGGAGUUGCGCCAUUUGUAAGAAAUAUGAAUGCAAAUUUAUCAAAUUCCGAUUUAGAACUAAUAGUGAGUGAAGGUAAUGAAGAAGAGGAAGCUGAAGCCAUAUCAGACAGUGAUCUGGAAAAAUUUGACGAAGAAAGAGAAAAUAGGGCACAAGUUCCAGAUAUCAAGGAAUUAGACGACGACUUGAAGAUAAUUAACGAACGUAAAUUAGAGGAAGAAGAUUUUCUGCCGACGCCUAUAAUGGUAAAACAAGAGAAUCCACCAGAAUUAAUCACCAAAAUCCAUAAAUCACAAGAUAUUCUUGACGAUGAUGACGACGAUUUAUUAAGAGAUAUCGCUAAAGGGGAUCAGGACAAAGCUGUUGUACAUCAACCACAACCUCGCUAUGCGUGGUCUGAUGAAGUAGAUUAUCGUUUACACCAAAGUUUUGGCUUAAGAAGUUUCAGACCGAACCAAUUGCAAGCGGUCAAUUCUACUCUAGCUGGUAAAGAUGUAUUUGUGCUAAUGCCUACAGGUGGUGGUAAAUCGCUAUGUUAUCAAUUACCCGCUAUUGUAAAGUCAGGUAAGACUAGGGGUACGACGAUUGUCAUAUCACCUUUAAUUUCACUAAUGCAAGAUCAAGUGGAACAUCUACUGAACAAUAACAUCAAGGCGAGUAUGUUCAGUUCAAGAGGUACCGCUGAUCAAAGGAGACAAACGUUUAAUCUAUUUAUACAUGGGCUCUUGGAUCUCAUAUACAUUUCACCUGAAAUGAUCAGUGCGUCAGAACAAUGUAAAAGAGGUAUAAAGAAGCUCCACAAUGAUGGUAAAUUGGCACGAAUAGUGGUGGAUGAAGCUCAUUGUGUCUCUAAUUGGGGUCAUGACUUUAGACCGGAUUACAAGGAACUGAAAUAUUUUAAAAGAGAAUACCCUCAUGUGCCAAUGAUGGCACUUACUGCAACUGCAAGUGAACAAGUUAGGUUAGAUGUUAUUCAUAAUUUGGAGCUUAAGGAUCCCGUCUUCUUAAAGCAAAGCUUCAAUAGAAAGAAUUUGUUCUAUGGGGUUGUAAGAAAGACUAAAAACACCAUUGCAGAAAUCUGUGAAUCUAUAAACACCAGGUUUGCUAAUCAAACUGGAAUCAUUUAUUGUCAUUCUAAAAAUUCGUGUGAGCAGACAGCGGCUCAAAUACAACGCAAUGGCAUUAGAUGUGCGUUCUAUCAUGCAGGCAUGGAACCAGAUGAAAGGUCAGAUGUACAACGAGCUUGGCAAAAUGAUGAUUUACAAGUGAUUUGUGCUACAGUUGCAUUUGGUAUGGGUAUCGAUAAGGCUGAUGUGAGAUUUGUGUAUCACUACACGGUUCCUCGUACUUUAGAAGGUUAUUAUCAAGAAACUGGUAGAGCUGGUAGAGAUGGUAAACCUUCAUUUUGCAUUACUUACUACACGUUUAGAGAUGUUAGAUCUAUUCAAACCAUGAUUCAAAAGGAUAAAAACUUGGAUAAGGAUAAUAAGGAAAAGCAUUUGAACAAACUGCAAAAUGUCAUGAUGUAUUGUGAAAAUGGUCUCGAUUGUAGACGUAAAUUAGUACUUUCCUAUUUCAACGAAGAAUUCGACGCUAAAGACUGUCACAAAAAUUGUGAUAACUGUUGUAAUAGUUUCAAAGUUGCCACUGAGCAAAGAGACGUUACAGAGGAUGCUAAAAAAAUUGUUAAAUUGGUUGAUGAGUUACAAGAUAGUCGUGUGACACUCAUCUAUUGCCAAGAUAUUUUCAAAGGUUCAAGGAGUUCAAAAAUUGUACAAGCUGGUCACACUGAAUUAGAAUUUCAUGGUGCUGGUAAAAGUAUGCCCAAAUCUGACGUGGAGAGAAUUUUUUUUCAAUUAAUCAAUUUAGGUAUUUUGGCAGAAUAUCCUAUCGUAAACAAUAGUGGAUUUGCCUCUAAUUAUGUGAAAUUGGGUAAGCGUGCUCGCGAACUUUUGAGGGGGGCUUUGCCGGUACAAAUGCAAUUUAACAUGUCGAGUUCAAGACCUAAUUCAGGAUUAGAUUCUAAUGCACUCCCCCCGUCAUCAUCGACUUCAAGAAUCAGCAGUAGAACUGUUAAUCUAGGUGGUAAUAAAAGAGAUAAUCAUACAGUGGAACCGAUUUCCCUGAACAAUGAAAACGAAUGGAAAUCUACCCAAGAAUUAAGUGAGUUGACACAUGCAUAUGAAACUUUGAAAGAGGCUUCUAUGAAUGCAGGAUACAGAAUGAACCCACCAGUGACAAAUUUUAUUCCUGAUGCUGCAUUGAGAAAAUUGGCUAAGAAGUUACCCAUAAGUGAAAGUGAAUUUUCCAGCAUGCCAGAAAUAGGACCUCGUCAUGCUAAAAAAUUUAAAGUGUUCAGAAAAACUAUAAUGGAGUUAAGAAGACGUCGGAGUAAUUUAGGUGGCGGUAAUGAUAUUAAUGCAAGUAACAGUAUUGUUCUAAGUGAAGGGAGUUUACCUGACAACAGUGUAGUUGCAUCCAGAUUUAUCGCCAUGGAUUCUGCAGAGAGUCAACAGAAUGAAGAAAUUAUAAGGCAAAUAAGAAUGAGCCAACAGAGGUCAACUCAACCAUCACAACCUUCGCAACGGACUGGUAGGGCUUCAAAGUCUUCAUACUCCAAGAAGCGAUUUAAAAGAAGAGGAUAG